CGCGCGCGCACACGAGCGCGCGCGCGCACUCACACACACACACACACACACACACAUACAUACAUACACACUCUGAAGGAUAUUUAAGGCUCACCCGGGGAACUGCAGAUACAUUUGGGUAGCAGCUCCUUCAGUCUCACGCCCGGUGUUCGUUUUUUUGGGGGGGGAGCUAUUUACCUUCUUGUCUCCCCCAUCCUCCUCUCCUUUUGGCUACCCUGGUUUUAUUUGACUUUUUGCAUUUUGCAAUUUUCUUUUCUUUCUUUUUUUUCCUCCCCUCUUCCACUUUAACCCCCCCCCCCCCUUUUUUUUUGCCUUGAGCUGAAUCAGCGCAGGGAAAUACACCGACAACAACAACAGCCAGUAAUAAUAAAAGAUUGAGGAAAAGCCUCGCAACAGGUCGGGCUGGUCAAUAUCGGAUGCGAGCUAGCUCUGGGCUCUUCCGCGCCCUCCUCCCUAGCUCCCGGGGCUCCCGGACUUCGGCCGUCCCUGGUGGCCACUCUCGGGACCCGGUGACCAAGGGGACCUUGCUUCGAGUGAACCCAGGAGGUCUGGUGCGCUUGGCCUCCUUGAGAAUUUUUCCUUCUGCCGGAGCUGAGGGUGCUUUUGGCUCACUGUUGGGUGGAGUAAGCUUGGAGGAGGAUGCCUUCUCUGCCUUCCGAGAUGAUCUGAGCUCAGGACCAUUUAGUAUCUUCUUGCCUCGGUGGUUCAGCUAACUAGCGCUGCAAACUCGAGCUGAACUUUGGCGGAAGCCACCCUCUCUCUUUUUAUUUGAUUUGAUCCCCCCCCCCCCCUUCUCUUAAAUUUAAAUUACUCAUAGAGGUCUGAGGGCUGGAGUGAAAAACCAGACGGACAAAACACCCAAAUCUAACCCAAACCCCACAGUCAUGUUGGGGCAGAACCAGAUAUCGAAGGGAGAACGUGAUGAGGCGGAAAAGCCCAGCUCCCCUGCGGGACAGCGCUGCUUCAGGACUUUGGCCCCUUGCGCCCUCCUGCCGGCUUUGCUGGCCAUGCUGUCCGUGAUGGCCUGCCUUUACCUGGGGGUGAAAACCAACGAUCUGCAGGCGAGGAUCUCAGCCAUCGAGGCUGCCAAAGGGGAGCUGCCCUAUCAGUUCCUGCCGGCGUCCCUAGAUCAUCUGGAAGCGAUGAUGCAAGAAAAAAUGGAACGACUUCUGGCUCAGAAAUCCUAUGAGCAUUUGGCUAAAGUAAGAAUCGCCAGAGAAUCACCUCUAGAGUGUAACUGUCCAGCAGGUCCUCCUGGGAAACGUGGUAAAAGGGGCAGAAGAGGAGAAUCUGGUCCUCCUGGUCAGCCGGGUCCACAGGGCCCUCCUGGUCCCAAAGGUGACAAGGGAGAUCAAGGGGAUCAGGGCCCUCGGAUGGUGUUUCCUAAAAUCAAUCAUGGGUUUCUCUCUGCUGAUCAGCAGCUCAUUAAACGCCGCCUCAUUAAGGGUGACCAAGGACAAGCUGGCCCUCCUGGACCCCCUGGCCCACCAGGACCCAGAGGGCCCCCAGGGGACACAGGGAAAGAUGGUCCCCGUGGGAUGCCAGGAGUACCCGGUGAACCAGGAAAACCAGGAGAACAAGGCUUAAUGGGACCUCAGGGGCCUCCAGGACAAAAGGGUUCUAUUGGAGCACCUGGCACUCCAGGGAUGGAUGGAAAAAUGGGUGAACCUGGCUUGCCUGGAAUAGCAGGGGAGAAUGGAACACCUGGACUUAAGGGUGAUCCUGGAGAGCGAGGAGAAAAGGGAGAUGCUGGAGACAGUGGACCCAAAGGUGACGUGGGUGAAAAGGGUGACCCUGGAUCUUCUGCUGCAGGAAUUAAGGGAGAACCUGGAGAAUCUGGUCGUCCAGGGCAAAAGGGUGAACCAGGGCUGCCUGGGCUGCCUGGACUUCCGGGGAUAAAGGGAGAGCCAGGUUUCAUUGGUCCACAGGGAGAACCAGGGUUACCAGGGUUACCAGGAACAAAGGGUGAGCGUGGAGAGGCUGGGUCUCCUGGGAGAGGUGAGCGAGGCGAACCUGGAGCUCCUGGACUAAAGGGGAAACAAGGUGAAUCAGGAGCUAGAGGUCCCAAAGGGUCAAAGGGUGAUCAUGGAGACAAAGGUGACUCUGGAGUUAUGGGACCAAGGGGUCCACCUGGGCAAAAGGGGGAUCCAGGAGCAACAGAAAUCAUCGACUACAAUGGCAAUAUUCAUGAGGCUUUGCAGAGGAUUACUACCUUAACUGUGACGGGACCCCCAGGACCUCCUGGACCACAAGGAUUGCAGGGGACAAAGGGUGAGCCAGGAUCUCCCGGAACACCAGGAGUUGAUGGAGAACAGGGUCCUAAAGGCUCAAAGGGAGACAUGGGGGAUUCCGGCCAGCCAGGUGAAAAGGGAGGAAUUGGACUUCCUGGAUUACCGGGUGCCAAUGGCAUGAAAGGAGAAAAAGGAGACUCUGGUUUACCGGGACCUCAGGGACCUUCUAUCAUUGGCCCACCAGGACCACCAGGCCCCCAUGGCCCACCAGGUCCCAUGGGACCCCAUGGACUUCCUGGGCCAAAGGGUACAGAUGGCCCUAUUGGACCCCAUGGCCCAGCAGGUCCUAAAGGAGAAAGAGGUGAAAAAGGAGCUGUGGGAGAACCUGGACCCAGAGGGCCUUAUGGUUUGCCUGGGAAGGAUGGAGAACCUGGUCUUGAUGGUUUCCCUGGUCCUCGAGGAGAGAAGGGAGACUUAGGAGAAAAGGGAGAAAAGGGAUUCCGUGGAGUUAAGGGGGAAAAAGGGGAGCCGGGUCAGCCUGGCCUGGAUGGGCUGGAUGCCCCUUGCCAAUUGGGGCCGGAUGGAUUACCAAUGCCUGGGUGUUGGCAAAAGUGAUGAAUCUAACCUUCCAAGCAUGAAGUUGUGUAUAUAAUGCUCUACAUUUUGUAUUUAUAGUUGGAAAAUGAAAUAUAGAUUUUACAAGUCUGAGAUAUGUUUACAUGUAGCUGCUUCUACCUGUUUGAAUUGGUCCAUGUGUACAUCUUUUCUUCAUUUACAUCUGAAGUUAGGCAGUUUAGGAAAGCAUGUGGAGAGAAACCUGAAAACACACAGAUUAAGAGCUCUCUCUCUCACACACAUAUGAUGAUGUGUAGCCAUGUGGAAACAGCACAGAGAGAGAGCGAUCACGCCUGCCAUGUUUUUUUCCCUUCCAUUGGAUGUCCAUGGACAAUAGGUUCCGUGAACUAAUAGUUUACAUGAAAUUGUGACCAAAUAUGGACUAAAGGCUAUGAAAUGUAUGGUACUGACUGAUUGUACGUAGAAAUGAAUGUCUUCUCAUCCAUAUUCACUUUGGCCACUGCCUCUGACCUGCGUCCUCCUUACCGUGUUGAGAGAAACUAAAAAAGCAUGAAGUGUGUGCCUACCCUGCUUGCCCAAUGCUAACCUGCUGCUUGCCGACACCUCUGAUCCCAAACACUGAACUUUUUGUCCUUUUGUCCUUCCCAAGGGGGUCACGCCAUGGCUUAUUGCCAAAAAGAGAUAAGUCUGUGGAGCAAGAACACACAAAAGGUCUUGUAUUUUGAGGGAGCUGCAGUCCUGACUGCAGAGCGACAGCUUCCAGUUUUGUGGGGUCCCACAGGCCACCUUGGUUGAAAACACAAGGUGCCGGGCCUGUUGCCCACCAACAGUUUUCCUUGUACCGCUCCCGGCGGUGAAGGCGUAAAAGGCGGCCAGGUUCAACAUCACACACUGUCUCUUGUGUGACCAAGAAGUGAAGAGGUUUACAAAAGCAAACACCCAAAGGAGAACAAAAAUGUUUUCCAUUUUAAAAUACAAUUAAAAAAAAAAAGAAUUUCGCAACUGAAAAACAUGGGUGGUUUGGAAAGAGGAUGGAGAUAUUCAGUGGUUCUUCUGGGGUAGGAGAUACUUGGAACAACCAACCUUCUCUCUGAGGAAUGAGACAGCUGGCGAUCACCAUGAUGCAUACUAGGGUUGCUAAAGAAAGGACGGGCCUUGAUGAGAAGUCAAGAUCCCACCCUCUCCUACAGAGUAAAGUGGCCAAGUUCAUCUGGACAGUCUAUACUGCAACGCGAUUGGACAGUGUACUUUUGGAGAAAAGAUCCAUUGUUGAACCUUUUCUGCAGGGUUUUGGAAACUGACAUUUCUUUUGAUUUUUUUUUGGGCCCUCAGGCCACCAUCAUUUCCUUGGCCCUUUGCUCCGCCAAGUAUUUGUUUCCAUUUUCUUUUACACCUCUGUUGUGACCAAUGUUGAAGUUCUGAAGGAGGGAAUCCUUCAAAUCUUUUGAGCCUGCUUCUGAAAACAUUACUUUUUUAACUUUGAGUAUUCUCAUUCUUUAAGAGACACUCUCUUCUGUCCAGCACUGUGACACAGUGGACCUGGAGUGACGAUCCCAUCGAAGAUGGCUAGAAAGAGCUCAAGAAGAAAGGCUGACUCUUGACAAAUUAACUCUUAAGCAUCCAAGUGAUGCCUUUUCUUAAUUUCAGUGCUCUCCUUCCAUAUAGGAAAUAUGUACUAGGUAAGGUCACUCACUUUCUGCCUGAAACACGGCUGCAGGCGCCUCUCCCAGUGCAGAAUUGCUUUCUAUUCCUUAUGGUUCUAUUUAGAGCUAAGCUGUGUCUCUCUUCAGAUUCUUUUGUAAUUAUGGUUACGUACCUGAAUGUUUGUCUUAUCCACAGACCAAAUCUGAGCUAUCAGAAAGAUGUCAGGCAGAGCUCUUUUUCACAAAUAGAGCAGCUGUUUCCACCUAUCUGUCCCAAAGCCCCUAACCAUCUCAGGCUGUCUAUUUCUUGGACGCUUUGAAAAGGAAAUGCUUUCUUGGCUAUUCAAAAUGGAAAGGUUACCUCAAAACAAGUCUCGGUGGAGACGGGUCUAUACUUUUGAUCCAUGCUGUAAUUUAGAGCCCCUCUUGAGUGUGUGUCCUUUCACAGGGAAGUUCCCCUUCCAUGCACGCGUUUUCAAUAACCGAAAGGAAAGCCAGAUGAUCUCCAGCUCCCUUUUUAUUCAGUUGCCAGCAUUUCAGAGGGGAUCCAUGAUCUCUCUUUUACAGUAUGUAGCAGAAUGAUCAAUCAUACCAAAUGUACUCUUUUCUUUUUUUCUUGUUCUCCCUCCCACGCCACUUUAUUCCUUGGUGACUUCUUUCCAGGGUGGGCAGGGCCAGGUAAUCAAACCCCUGGAUUAAUUCAUCCAAUUGGUAACUUUUCAGUAACAUUCCACCCCGAGGCCCAUCCAGCAUUCUUGGGAGUCUUUGAGGAGCAUCAUGGAAUCUUUUGUGCUAGGGCAGAGGUUAGGAUGGAGGGGACUUGGGUGAAUGGGGCAAAGAGGUCUUCUUUGUCUGAAGCAAUUUGUCUUAAGCCAGUGUUGAACAGAGUCCUAAAGAGGCUAGAGCUCUGGAGUCUUUAAGAAAAGAGCUAUAAGUAUAAGAAUUUGGCAGGUAGAUUUCCACCUUGUUAGAUUUUUUUUUCUUUCUGUUUCUCUUAUAGAAAUGAGUGGAGGAGAUUAAUUACUCCUUAGAGUUUGCAUAGAUUCAAAACAGAAUACAAAGGAACUUUCUUUGAUCUUAUCCCCCAGUGGGAUGGCCUCCCAUAAAGUUUUUGGUUUUGUUGUUUUUAAUUUUUGUACAGGGCUGUUCCACCUUAUCUGCAUAUAUAGUUUUGUGACUGAUUUAACAGUGCUGAUUUUUAUUCAAUGAACAAAGAAAGCUAGGAAACGGAUUUCUGUGUACUUGGGAAUUGACCUAAGGUACUUCUCCACCCAGGGAGAAAGGACACUUGGGUGUGUAGGCAUAUAUAGUAUAUAGGCACCAAAUACUCCCAGAUGACCACUCACAUUCUCAUCUAAAACUUUUCUUUCCAAUCUUCAAAGGCUGAAGUCUGUCUUCCACCGAAAGAGGUGGUUAUCCAUUUCAUUGACUAGAGAAGUCCUACUAGCAUGAGGGUCUCUUUGAGUGACUAGCAAUGUGAUCCAAAGGGCUAGUUAUGUCUUUUGGAGACAGAUUUUGGAAAGGUGCCUAUUUUCUUUGUGGACCUUUUUGUCUGUGAUAGUGAAAUCAGGGGAGGGGUUGACUGCAUAAAAGAAGUUUUGAGUAUAAAAAUCAAGCUUAGCUAGUUUUAAAAAGAGAAGAUCCUCUGAAAACACAGAACUGGUCUUUUAAACCGAUUUUGACCUUGUUUCAGUGCUAAGAUAUUUUUAUUGGAAGGGAGAAGUAAGCUCUAUGAUGGGUCAUAUCUUGCCUCUUUGGCAGCCUUCCUUAGCCAAUUUGGGGCUGGGAGAGGAAGGGAAUCCUUUUAAAUGGGCAGACUCGCAGUGAUGGGGAGUCAAUGGCCAGCCCACCCUCUGCCCAACUGCCACCAUGUUUCACUGACCUGAGUUUACGUAAAAUGUGAAUCCUCUCACUUUGGGUUUCAUGGUUUAUCUUAUUUCUCCCCCUCCCCCAAGGUAUUUAUCAGCUCUCACACUCACCCUCCCAAGUCCCUGUCUCGAGGGACCAAGAUGAGACACACUACCUAUACUUGAACACGGGACACAAAUGUGUAUAUAUUUUCUCUGGUUGUCAUUUAUCUUAGUCUCAAUCUAGCUUGAGCGAAUAGUCCUUUUUCCCUUCCCUUUUUCUUUGGAUAAUGUUUUUGGGAAAUGAAAUCUAUGACAGAGGUUGUUGGCACUAUAUACAAACUUCCUUUCCCUUUUUGGUGAAUUUCUCAUCCGUGUGUAAUGUUCUGAUUAGUCAGGGAGUACCUGUAUAUCCAGCUUCUUAUCCAGCUUCUUUAAUGAUAGCAAACAUGUAUUAUAAAUGCAAGUUUGGAAAAUGGUCAAAUCAGCAUGCCUGCAACCAUGAAAAAAGCAUUGUGUAUAGCAUUUUGAAAUGUUCGAACCCCUCCAAACUCCCUCUUUAUAUGCUGCUGGGGUAGCAUGAAAAAUUGAAACUCUCAUUUUCAAGGUUUAUCUUAUUAAAAGUAUGGCCCUAUUCAGAAAUUUUUGUUCUGCUGUUUGGGCACCUUCCAAUAAAUGAAAUCAUCAUGGUGGACAAACAGAUACCAGCAUUUCAAGCUUCUUGGUUCUACCACUUGAAAAUCAAACUGUUUGUCUGGUUGGUUUUUUAUCAGUAAGUCUUGAAGAUGAGCUUGGAGAGUCCUUUGAUCUCUACAGAGUCUUAUUUCAAUUUUCAUUUUUUAAGCUGAAAACUUCGGUACCUCUAGAAGUUUGGUUCUGUAUGGGAACUCAUGGUUCGAGUCAAGUGUGAACAGAUUUAAUGAUGUGAUGUGUGCUGCAAUUAGAAUAACACGUUUAAAGUAUCACCAGUAUUUGUAAGCAUUUACUGCAAUCCUGCUAACUUAUUAUGAAAAGAAGGAUGCUAAGCCCUUCUGCAGCAUUGGCUUGGUUCAUGGGAUUCACUGAAACCUGUAGUAGGGUUUCACCAACCCCCCAACCUGAAUUUCUGGAUGAAUUUAUACUAAUCUCCUACAGAAUGAAUAGCAAUGAAAUAUAAUGCUCCUUUACAUCUUUAAAUUUUAAGUGAAAGAAAUGCAAGCUAGUUAGGCUGCUACCAUGUAGAGUUUUCCUUACUUGGUAAACUGCAGAUCUUACUCAGUCUAGAACUUUAAUUUCAUCAUUUGUUGAUGCUUAACCAAAAAUUAUCAGCAUUUCCCAUAAUACAGUUGACAUUUACACACAACUCAGAAAUGUUAUUGAAUUAGAUUCAUGGAAGAUGUUUUACAUAUUGUUAACGCUUUGUGUGGAUAUUCUUUUUGUUGUUGUACAUGUUUGGGAAAAUAGGAUACUGUGCAACUUAUUAACAUUUGUAAAAGAUGUAUCUGACCAUCUUUUUCUUUGGAAAAUAUUAUAUUUUUAUUUUUUACUUUUUUAAGUUCAUCAAUAUGUGCAGUUAUUUUUGUAUUGCAGAAGACACGCGAUCUACAUGACAGGAGAAAAAUGCAAAACGUCUUGGCAAGCUUGACACUACUAAUGUUUGAUACCUUCAAUGGGCCAGUCUCAUGUCAUUGAUUAUAUUAAGGAUAUUUUGUGUCUUAUCACUGUAAAUAUGGCACAAAUCUGGAUUUCCCAGUUAUGUAAAUAAUAGCAAAGCUACAUUUUGAUGACUUAUUUUAUCUUCAUUGUAACCUUUAUGUCUGACUUUGCUGAAACAGAAGAAAAAACAGCAUGGGUUUGAUUUUUGGUUUGAAAAUAUUGCUUUGAUUUUCCUUUUUUUUCUUCACUUUUUUAUUUGAGGUUUUUUUUUAACUUGUCUAGGGGGUCCCUAGUUUGUGAGAAGUUGAUCUUCAGAAUUAUUUUUACACUAUUUAUGACUUAUUUUCAUAAUGUAAAAAGUGUGUAAUUAUUAAAAUAUUAAUCCAAACAA